AGGGGACCCUGCCCUGGCUGAUGUCACCACAGCUCUGGACACAGAGUCCUCCAACGGGAAGGAUCCCCUGGAAGCUGCUGGGGACAGCUCAGAGGUCCUGGAUGCCCAGGGAGGUUCCGUGGAUGAGGAAAAUGGGAGGCAACUGGGAGAGAUUGAGCUGCAGUGUGGGAUCUGCACCAAGUGGUUCACAGCUGACACCUUUGGCAUUGACACCACGUCAUGCCUGCCCUUCAUGACCAACUACAGCUUCCACUGCAAUGUUUGCCACCACAGUGGGAACACCUAUUUUUUAAGAAAAACAAAUCUCAAGGAAAUGUGCCUUAGUGCUUUGGCCAACUUAACCUGGCAGUCAAGGACACAAGAUGAGCACCCAAAAACCAUGUUCUCCAAAGAUAAGGAUAUUAUCCCAUUUAUUGAUAAAUACUGGGAAUGCAUGACCACACGCCAGAGGCCUGGGAAGAUGACUUGGCCUAACAAUAUUGUGAAAACUAUGUGUAAAGAAAGAGAUGUUUUCUUGGUGAAAGAGCACCCAGACCCAGGGAGUAAAGACCCAGAAGAAGAUUACCCCAAAUUUGGACUUUUAGACCAAGAUCUUGCCAACAUUGGUCCUGCUUAUGACAACCAGAAGCAGAACAACACCGUGUCCACGAGUGGGAGCUUAAAUGGGGGAAUGGCUGCAGGAGGCAGUGGGAAGGGACGAGGAGCCAAACGCAAGCAGCAGGAUGGGGGCACCACGGGAACAGCCAAGAAAACCAGGAGUGACCCCCUGUUCUCAGCUCAACGUUUACCCCCCCAUGGUUACCCUCUGGAACAUCCCUUCAACAAGGACGGGUACCGCUACAUCCUGGCUGAGCCUGAUCCCCAUGCUCCCGACCCAGAAAAGCUGGAGCUGGAUUGUUGGGCAGGAAAACCCAUCCCUGGGGACCUCUACAGAGCCUGCCUCUAUGAACGAGUCCUCCUGGCCCUGCAUGACCGAGCUCCUCAGUUGAAGAUUUCUGAUGACAGGCUGACAGUUGUUGGGGAGAAGGGUUAUUCCAUGGUGAGGGCCUCACAUGGAGUCAGGAAAGGAGCCUGGUACUUUGAGAUAUCCAUGGAUGAGAUGCCUCCAGACACAGCUGCCAGACUGGGCUGGUCACAGCCCUUAGGGAACCUCCAGGCCCCUCUGGGAUAUGACAAAUUCAGCUAUUCCUGGCGCAGCAAAAAGGGAACAAAGUUUCACCAAUCCAUAGGGAAGCACUACUCAGCUGGCUAUGGGCAGGGGGAUGUGCUGGGCUUUUACAUCAGUCUGCCAGAAGACACAGAGACUGCCAAAUCCCUGCCUGACACCUACAAAGAUAAGGCUCUGAUCAAAUUCAAAAGCUACUUGUACUUUGAAGAGAAGGACUUUGUGGACAAAGCAGAGAAGAGCCUGAAGCAAGCACCUGGAAGCCAGAUAAUAUUCUUCAAGAAUGGUGCCAACCAAGGAGUUGCCUUUAAAGACAUCUUUGAAGGAGUUUAUUUCCCUGCAAUUUCUUUGUACAAAGGCUGCACAGUUUCUAUAAAUUUUGGGCCAUAUUUCAAGUAUCCACCCAGGGAUAUCACAUACCAUCCAAUGAGUGACAUGGGCUGGGGAGCAGUCGUGGAGCACACCCUGGCAGAUGUCCUGUACCACGUGGAGACAGAAGUUGAUGGGAGGAGAAGCCCCCCCUGGGAGCCCUAACUCAAGGAGGUGGUGACACAACCUUUAACAACAAGGACACAGUGGUGAUGUCCAGUCCAGAGCUGGGUUUUUUGGUGGUUUUUUUUUAAUUAUUCCAGAGGAACAGAGCACUCCCAGCAAGCAAGGUGUCUGGGUGGUUGGUGCCUGCUGCAGAUUCCUGCUUUUCCCAGGGUGUUGGAAUCAUUUGGAUCUGUUUUAUGCUACUUGUGGGCAUCUCUUGGGGGGGCUGAGUAACUCUUGAGGGGCUGAGUAACUCUUGGGGGGUUGUAGCCAAGUGAAGAAGCAAGUUUUGUGUUGAGA